AUGUCGCUGCCUCCUCUCGAGUGUGUGUACUUUACGGAGGAGUCUGUUAAAGAACUGAAAAACUCAAAUCCGAAUUUUAAGUUUCCUGAGCCUGCACCCAUUCUACGAUUUCUCUAUGAGCUCUGCUUCGUCGUGGUUGGAGGGGAAUUGCCGUACCAGAAAUGCAAAGCAGCUUUGGAGGCUGUAGAGUUUUUGGAUUGUGGUCCGGAGGAGGAUGUAGGAUCAUAUUUUGCUGAUAUUGUUACACAAAUGGCUCAAGACCUUAGCAUGCUUGGUGAAUAUCGUUCUCGCCUUAUCAAACUGGCAAAAUGGCUGGUGGAAUCUACAUUGGUACCAUUGAGAUUUUUUCAGGAACGUUCUGAUGAGGAGUUCUUGUGGGAAUCUGAAAUGAUAAAAAUAAAGGCUGCAGAUUUGAAGGCAAAAGAGGUCCGAGUAAAUACUCGUCUUCUUUACCAACAAACGAAAUUUAAUUUGCUACGGGAAGAAAGCGAGGGCUAUGCCAAGCUGGUUACUUUGCUUUGUCAGGUUCCUGAAGCAUCAGAUGAAAAUGCAUCAGCAGCGACAGUUGGCAUUAUUAAGUCUUUGAUCGGUCACUUUGAUCUGGAUCCUAAUCGAGUUUUUGAUAUCGUGUUGGAGUGUUUUGAGCUUCAGCUUGAUAAUAGCAUUUUCUUGGAUUUAAUUCCAAUAUUUCCGAAGUCCCACGCAUCACACAUUCUUGGAUUCAAGUUCCAAUAUUUCCAACGCGUUGAAAUUAAUACUCCUGUACCGACAAGGCUCUAUCAGCUCACAGCUUUGUUAGUGAAGAAAAAGUUCAUUGAAGUUGAUAGCAUAUAUUCACAUCUACUUCCCAAGGAUGAGGAAGCAUUUGAUCACUAUAGCUCCUUUUCAGCUAAGAGACUUGAUGAGGCUAGUAAAAUUGGGAAAAUCAAUCUUGCGGCAACUGGAAAGGACCUCAUGGAUGAUGAGAAACAAGGAGAUGUUACAGUAGACCUGUUUGUUGCUUUAGACAUGGAAACAGUGGCUGUUGCUGAAAGGUCUUCAGAGCUUACAAAUAACCAAACUUUAGGCUUGCUUAUGGGCUUCCUUGACGUGGAUGACUGGCUUCAUGCUCAUCAACUAUUGCAGCGGCUCUCACCCCUCAAUCCAGUCGAACAUAUUAAAAUUUGUGGUGGUGUGUUUAGGCUUAUUGAGAAAGCGAUUUUGUUAGCUUAUAGAUCAGUGUGCGAUACACAAUUUUCAACUGCUGGUGCCAAUUUGGAGACUGCAGCUACGUCACUAAAAUCGUUUGUUAAUCUGCCCACGGAACUGUUUGAAAUGCUUGCUGCUGUUGGACCUUAUCUAUAUCGUGACACUUUGUUGCUGCAGAAGACAACUAGAGUUUUGAGGGCUUAUUAUCUUAGCGCAUUGGAGCUUGUAAGAGAUGGUGAUGGGGCAUUUAGUUCUCAUUCUGUUACAGUGGGAGAUAGAAAUCCACGCCUUCAUUUUAAGGAUGCAAGAUUAAGAAUCGAGGAAGCGCUUGGGGCAUGCCUUCUUCCGUCCUUGCAGUUAAUACCUGCAAACCCUGCUGUUGGCCAGGAGAUAUGGGAAUUACUGAGUCUCCUUCCCUAUGAGGUGCGCUAUCGUUUAUAUGGUGAAUGGGAAAAGGAUGAAGAACAAUUUCCAAUGAUCUUGGCGGCUAGACAGACAGCCAGGUUGGAUACCCGAAGGAUUUUAAAACGGCUCGCAAAGGAAAAUCUGAAGCAGCUUGGAAGAAUGGUUGCUAAAUUAGCUCAUGCAAAUCCCAUGACAGUUCUUCGGACAAUUGUUCACCAGAUAGAGGCUUACAGGGAUAUGAUUGCUCCGGUAGUUGAUGCAUUCAAGUAUCUGACACAGCUUGAAUACGAUGUCUUGGAGUACGUUGUGAUUGAACGCUUGGCUCAAGGUGGACGCGAGAAGCUUAAAGAUGAUGGUCUUAAUUUGUCAGACUGGCUCCAAUCACUAGCUUCAUUCUGGGGUCACUUAUGUAAAAAGUACCCAUCGAUGGAACUCCGAGGGCUCUUCCAGUAUCUCGUAAACCAAUUGAAGAAAGGGAAUGGGAUCGAGCUUGUUCUCUUGCAGGAACUUAUACAGCAGAUGGCUAAUGUCCUGUAUACUGAAAACAUGACAGAAGAUCAAUUGGAUGCCAUGGCAGGAAGUGACAUGCUCCGUUACCAGGCUACAUCAUUUGGUGUUACGAGGAAUAACAAGGCAUUGAUUAAGUCUACCAACAGACUUAGAGAUUCUUUACUUCCAAAGGAAGAACCCAAAUUGGCGAUUCCCCUUUUACUUCUGAUUGCCCAGCAUCGUUCUGUGGUUGUCAUUGAAGCUGAUGUGCCAUAUAUCAAGAUGGUCUGUGAACAGUUUGACAGAUGCCAUGGAACUCUUCUUCAGUAUGUGGAAUUUCUUUGUAGUGCAGUGACGCCCACAUCAGCUUAUGCUUUGCUGGUUCCCACUCUUGAUGAACUUGUCCAUCUUUAUCAUCUUGAUCCUGAGGUUGCUUUUUUAAUAUAUCGGCCAGUGAUGAGGCUCUUCAGGUGUCAAAAUGCUUCAACCUCCUUUUGGCCUUUACACUGUAAUGAAGAUGUGAACCCUGCAGCUUGUGAAAGUGAAUCUUCAGCUUUAUCCACCACAUUGGUUUUGGACUUGGGAUCUUCUCGCCAGCCCAUCUCAUGGUUCAAUCUUCUUGAUACUGUUAAGACAAUGUUGCCUCCAAAAGCAUGGAAUAGCUUGUCUCCUGAUUUAUAUGCAACAUUCUGGGGUCUUACAUUAUAUGAUCUCUAUGUUCCUAGAAGUCGGUAUCAAUCUGAGAUUGCAAAGCUGCAUGCUUCUCUUAAAGCUCUGGAAGAACUGCCAGAUAAUUCUAGUUCAGCAAUUGCUAAAAGGAAAAAGGAAAAAGAAAGAAUUCAAGAAUCUCUGGAUAGAUUGACACUGGAAUUUCAGAAGCAUGAAGAACACGUUGAGUCUGUGCGUCGUCGACUUGCUCAUGAGAAGGAUACAUGGUUGAGUUCUUGCCCAGAUACUUUAAAAAUUAACAUGGAGUUUCUUCAGCGCUGUAUAUUUCCUCGUUGCAUGUUCAGUAUGCCUGAUGCUGUAUAUUGCGCCAAUUUUGUAAAUACACUACAUUCACUGGGGACUCCAUUCUUCAACACCGUGAACCACAUUGAUGUUCUGAUAUGUAAAACUUUGCAACCAAUGAUAUGCUGCUGCACUGAGUAUGAAGUCGGCCGUCUUGGGAGAUUUUUAUUUGAGACUCUGAAAACUGCUUAUCAUUGGAAGAGCGAUGAAUCAAUAUAUGAGAAGGAGUGUGGAAACAUGCCAGGAUUUGCUGUAUAUUACAGAUAUCCAAACAGCCAGCGUGUAACCUAUGGUCAAUUUAUCAAGGUACAUUGGAAGUGGAGCCAACGAAUCACUAGACUGCUGAUUCAGUGUUUGGAAUCGACCGAGUAUAUGGAGAUAAGAAAUGCUCUUAUUAUGCUUACUAAAAUCUCAAGUGUUUUCCCUGUUACUCGGAAGAGUGGGAUCAACCUUGAAAAACGGGUGGCUAAAAUUAAAAGUGAUGAAAGGGAAGACCUCAAAGUUUUGGCCACUGGUGUUGCUGCAGCAUUGGCUGCUAAAAAGCCUUCAUGGGUUACAGAUGAGGAAUUUGGCAUGGGUUAUCUGGACUUGAAGCCUGCUCCAGUGCCUGUUUCUAAGCCUUUAUCUGCAAAUGUUGGUGUUCUUCAGAAUGGGGCUGGUCCUAGUUCUUCUCAAGUUGAGCAGGUUGGCGGUAGAACUGCUACCUUGGGAAGCUUGUCAGAUCAUGGGAAUUUGGGCAGAGAGCCUAGAAGAACUGAUGACAAUCAUAAACAGGUGGAUAAUCUGGCCAGCAAACAGUUAGAAGAAAACACGAAAGUUGCCUCAAAGACAUCUGUGGAAGCUGAGGCAAGGCCCACAGUGAAAAGGUCUGCUGCGGCCUCAUCCCAUACAAAGCAGGCAAAGACGGAUAUAUCCAGAGACGAGGAUAAAUCUGGGAAAGCUGUUGUCCGAACUUCCGGCUCUUCUGGGAAUUCCGCCAUGGUUACUGCACAAGCUAAAUUACCAAACUCUUCCACCCGAUCCUCAGAUCACAGCGCCGAAGCAAAAUCAGAGGCCGGCAACACAAGGUCUACCGACUCGAGGGUCCAUGGUGGGAAAGAUGAGGGAACUGAAUAUCCGGAUUCGCUCAAACAUCCAACUUCUAGGUCCGCUCAUUCUCCCCCUUUACCAUCCAAGUCCGUCGAGAAAUCACAAAAGAGGUCCAGUCCGGCCGAAGAACACGACCGGCUGAACAAACGCCGGAAGAGUGAAACUACUGACUGGAGGGACGUGGAUGGUGUUGACAUACGAUUGUCUGAAAAGGAGAGGUCAACAGACAUGCGUGCACACGACAAAACUGCUUCUGAUGAGCAGAGGCCUGUGGACAAGCCACUGGACAGAGCAAAAGAAAAGACCGGCGAAAGAUACGAUAGGGACCAUAGGGAAAGAUUGGAGCGUCCUGAAAAAUCGCGCGGUGACGAUGUUUUAUCUGAAAAAACAAGGGAUAGGUCGCUCGAGAGGCAUGGUCAGGAACGCUCUGUUGAUAGGGUGACAAAGGACGAAAGAAACAAAGAUGACCGUGGUAAAACGCGAUACAGUGACGCGGACGAGAGAUUUCACGGGCAGAGCUUGCCACCACCGCCUCCAUUGCCACCUCACGUGAUCCCGCAGUCCCUAGGCUCCGGGAGGAGGGAUGACGACAGCGACAGGCGGUUUGGGAACGCCAGGCACGCACAAAAACUUUCGCCGAGGCAUGAGGAUAGAGAGAGGAGGAGAUCUGAAGAGAAUGCUUCUGCUGCUCCACUAGACGACAUGAAACGGCGGAGAGAAGAUGAACUUCGAGAUAGUAGGAAGCGCGACGAACGUGAUGCCGUUGCCCCUGUCAAGAUGGAUGAGAGGGAGAGGGAUAAAGGAAACAUGAACAAGGAGGAUAUGGAUAAUGCCUCCAAGAGGCGGAAACUCAAAAGGGAGCAUAUAGCAUCAGAACCUGGCGAAUAUUUACCAGCGGGCCCUCCCCCUCUUUCGAUCAAUUUGUCACACGAUGCAAGAGAUGGUAGGGGUGAUCGUAAGGGGGUUAUUGCCCAACGUCCUGCUUAUGCAGAGGAGCCUGGGACGAGGGCCCACAGCAAAGAGGCGGCCAGCAAGACGGCUCGACGUGAUGUUGAUCCAAUAUAUGACAGGGAGUGGGAAGAUGAAAAGAGGCAGAGAGCUGAAGGAAAGAGGAGGCACCGUAAAUAA